GGGAAAAAAUUGAAGCGACUGUCAAAGUGCAAAGCAAAAUUUAUCAUACAACCGAGAAUUGCAAAAUAAACACAAAUUUAGUUGACAAUGGAUGAUCGAAGUGAUGUUAACGAAGGACCCGCUGGUAUGGAACCCGAGGGCGUCAUUGAGUCCACUUGGCAUGAAGUUUACGACAACUUUGAUGACAUGAAUUUGCGCGAAGAACUUUUGCGUGGUAUUUAUGGUUACGGUUUCGAAAAGCCGUCCGCUAUCCAGCAACGCGCCAUUAUUCCCUGUGUCAAGGGUAGAGAUGUCAUCGCUCAAGCUCAGUCGGGUACCGGCAAAACUGCAACAUUCUCGAUCGCCAUCUUGCAACAAAUCGAUACGUCCAUUCGUGAUUGCCAGGCAUUGAUUUUGGCUCCAACUCGCGAAUUGGCAACCCAAAUUCAAAGGGUUGUUAUGGCGCUUGGCGAAUACAUGAAAGUUCAUUCCCAUGCCUGCAUUGGCGGCACAAAUGUGCGUGAAGACGCACGGAACUUGGAGGCUGGCUGCCACGUUGUUGUCGGCACUCCCGGUCGUGUGUACGAUAUGAUUAAUCGCAAGGUAUUGCGGACAAAUAGCAUUAAGUUGUUCGUUUUGGACGAAGCUGAUGAAAUGUUGUCCCGCGGUUUCAAAGAUCAAAUCCAAGAUGUAUUCAAGAUGCUUCCCAAUGAUGUCCAAGUCAUUCUACUUUCGGCCACCAUGCCUCCCGAUGUAUUGGAAGUAAGCCGCUGUUUCAUGCGUGAUCCUGUAAGCAUUUUGGUCAAGAAGGAGGAACUUACGCUUGAAGGUAUCAAACAGUUUUAUGUCAACGUAAAACAAGAGAACUGGAAGUUGGGAACUUUGUGUGAUUUAUACGACACCCUUUCUAUUACUCAGUCGGUUAUAUUCUGCAACACUAGACGCAAGGUCGAUCAAUUGACUGAAGAAAUGACCUCCCAUAACUUUACUGUCUCCGCUAUGCACGGUGAUAUGGAGCAAAGGGAUCGUGAAUUAAUUAUGAAGCAGUUCCGUUCUGGUUCGUCCCGUGUUUUAAUUACGACCGAUUUGUUGGCUCGUGGUAUCGAUGUACAGCAAGUGUCGUUGGUUAUUAACUAUGACUUACCAUCAAAUAGAGAAAAUUACAUUCAUAGAAUUGGUCGUGGUGGCCGUUUCGGUCGUAAAGGCGUAGCCAUCAACUUUAUUACAGAUGAAGACCGUAGAAUCCUUAAAGAUAUUGAACAAUUUUACCAUACAACUAUUGAAGAAAUGCCCGCUAAUAUUGCUGAUCUAAUUUAAACGUAA